AUAUUAAAAAUGUCAAAACCUGAAAUCGACCUUAGCAAGAUUCAAAUCUCUGAUGAAGUAAGGGAUCAGAUUAAGGUACUUGCUAAGAGACAUAAGAACUUGAUUACUGAUAGGUCUGGUAAAGAAGGUGCUGAUUCAGGCUCAAAUGAUGGGAUAUCCAUAGAUCCACAGAAGGCAGGGCUGGACACAAUGUCUUUUGAGAUCAUUUAUUACUUGUUUGGAGUCAGCAACCUUACUCUCAUGAUGAAGUACUACAACAACAACCUUGACUUGUACCUACUGAGUUGCAUCUUCUUGUCCAAAAGAAUGUUCGUGAACAACUUAAUAACUGCCAAAGAGAAUAAAACAGAAAAUUCUGUACUUUCCACUCUGUUAAUGGUGCUGAAGUCAUUCUUGACUCUAUGGUUCUUGUUUCUUCUAAUAAAGAUAUGCAUGUACUCUAGUCUUGAAUCAGCUCUUUUACUAAUUUAUCCAAUAAUUACCUGGAUCUUGAUGGUCAAGUUUACAUCUAAGAAAUAUGUACAAAACACCUUCCAAUUGAUGCCGAUUCCAACACCAUUUAAUAAGUGCCAAUUACAAAAUAUUCCCGUGAGGUGCAAGCAUCCAAAUUGCUCGAAAUCACAGGAUGACGCUAACAGUUGUAUUGAAUGAGCCCCUUUUGAGGUGCUUCAGAUUAUCAAAAAGUGCAUCUUCCACACUGCAGAAUAUGUGUGGUUCUGUAUUCUAUUACCCUUAGGCUUUAUUGAAAACAAUGAACUCAAUGCUGGGGGUACCCAGCAAGUUAUCAUCUACUUUGAUUUCAAAAGCUGUCUCAUGGCUGGAGUUUCUGUUGCUGAAAAUUCCUUAUUCCUGUUAGCAACUCUCUAUUUUUCAAAAUACGCCAGGGAGCUUAGCAAGCAUGCGAAAUACUUCGGUUACUGGAAGAAGAUAUCUGAAAAGGAAGCCAACAAAAUUAAGAACAGAGCAAAGAAUAACGAGGAUACAACUGAAGUCAUAGAGUUUAAUAAUAAGUAUUAUGUAGGCGCCUGUAAAGUCAAUAAUAUUCAUAAUAAACCAGGUGAGACUCUGACGUAUUUACUAUAUGUCCUAUUUCAUAGUCCUGAGAAGACCUACAUGACUCUAUUGAUUUGUCAAUCUAUUUGGUGCCUGAUCCAAUUAUUAUACACUAGUAUGAAAACUCAUUUCCUAUUCCCUCUGAUUCAAUCAGGGCUAUCAGUCUUUGUACUGUGGUAUGCACUGAAUUCUCAAAUAUUCAAACUUCUUUACAUGUCAGAGAAGAGGAUUUACUAGAAAUUAUUACUUCAACCAACAGAUGAUUAAAA